AUGGAGGACACCAGAUCCAUGCACAAUGGCAUGGCUACUACACAACCUCAGCGGGGACACCAGCGGGACGAUUGGGAAGAGUGGACAGACGAUGAACAAUCCACCCCUGUAGGAAAUGACUCUUUCACCCAAUUGGCAGCAUCUGGUUCCUCGCCUUCAUCGAAAUCACACGGCCAGACGGCAUCGCGGUCGUCAAAAUCUAGGUACUCCACCCCAAGGAUACAGAGACUCAAGUCCCGCAAGCGUCAAAAGGACCAAAAUGCGAAGGCAGGCAUCAAGGUGGUCACCGACAUGAGUAGGUUCCGUAAAGGACCUCAUCAUGUUGCUCAGCUCGUGAAGCCUGUGUCUGGCCCCUACUCCAGUAAGGCGACGGAAGGCAAGUUCGCUGAUGCCAGUGCUUUGAGGGCCCUGGAAGGAUCGCCCUCAUCAGCGUCGAUGGGAAACUGGGCUUGGCUGAAGAACAGCCCAUCUGCCGCAUCAAUCUCAAAAUUCACACCACAAAGCACUCCUAACAGCAGCAAGAUAGUCAUCGGCAUAUCAUUGCCCGAGGAUGACGCCGCUGAGAGGGACAUUAGUCCCCAGACCGCCGUGGUUGCCACUCCCAUGGAUAGACUACCUCUGAAUAUGCCUUCGACAAAUCCCUUCUAUAACCAACAACCAAAGUCGGCUUGGUCUCCCGAUACUGAGGCUAGCCUCUCCCCGGGACGCCAUCUCCAUUCCAUCUCAAGCGUGUAUUCACAGGCUACUGCUGUCACGCCAGGCCAGUCCGGUGUACCUCCUGUGCCAGCACUGCCCUCGUCCUUGAAGAAUCCAGCCAAGGCCAGACUCUCGAAGAAUGACCCCGAGGACGACGACGACGAUUUCACCCCAGUGACCUUGUUCGAGGAGGAUGGCCAUAAAACUCCGGCGUCUGCCACCUCAAAAAUAUCCCCAGUCCCAACCAGUGCGCGAUCUGGCUGGUGGGAUCAUCUCACCACGCCGUUUCGCGAACGCUUCAGUCCAACAUCAAAGACCGACAAGGAUGCUGCAAGUCCAGCCGGGGAUGAGUGGUGGAAAGGCCAAGAUGAGAAGAAGACGAUCGAGGUUGCUCAUCUUGAAAACCACCCUGCGUACAGCGCAUCGGCAUCCUCGUCAAAACUGCGACCACCUCCAUCCCCUGUUCCCAUUAUCCGCGUUCCAACUCCAACAAUCGCAUCAUCAUCAUCUUCCGCGAGAUCCGCUCACACUUCAGAUCAUGAGGGCGAACCCCGAUCCGAGAAAGCUCGGGUGAUUAUGGAGGAGGACGACGCUGAGACGGAGCUGCCACCGCCCUACGAGCGAACACCCUCCAACAAGCAGCCUCAUCCAGUCAGAUUCCGUGCCGUGUUUCCUCCCGGACAUGAGCUCGCCAACGCCUACCCACCAUCGCCACAACCUGGCAGCCCCGGCCUUGAUGGGACGAUGACCUCGCAAGGAGGUAUCAAAAUGUCCGAGGUGCCACUGACGCCAGCAGUCGCUACAGGUCCUCCGUUGCCUGACAGAGCAGCAGGCACCUACGUAACUGGCGACCAAUUUCUCGCCAAUUACGGCAGCUCCCCUGCCGCAAAGAUUGAGCGGACAAGGCGUAGGCACGAAAAGGAAGAUUACGUCGCUCGAAAAGCCGGAGGGUUCUGGAAGGGCCGUGGAUGCAUUCCCGAGGAGGGCUGCUACGGCCGCUCGGGUCGCGAGGGCCGUCAGCGCAGGAGAAUCUGGAUCGGCGCUAUCUGCCUCGCGAUCCUGCUGCUGACCGUUCUCGGUGUUGUCCUGGGUGUUGUGCUCUCUCGUCGGGUAGUCCAUUCAGCAGCUGCUAGUAACACGACAACUGGAGGCACCACUGGCGGCUCUGAGAUUGACAACGUAUGGCUCAACCUGACCAACUUCCCGCCCAUUCCCACGGGUCUGUCGACAAUUGUGGCCCCUGAUAACUCACAAGUAGUCGACGGCUGCGCUGCGCCAUCGACUCUGUGGAGUUGCUCGCUGCCUCCUGAGCAGCAGGCUGCGAACGAGCCACAUGAUGCCGAUCAGCCUGAAUUCAUCUUCCAGAUUCAAUACGACAACAACACCCGUCAACUAUGGGAUAUCCCCAAUGGCACACCCCCAACCCCGACCCAGCCCACGGCCUCCACUACCUCCAAGACGAGUGCUACCAGCUCAGCCUCAGCCACCAGCACGAGCGCCAUCAACAACGUCCAGGGCGGCGAUCUCAGCAAUCCCAGCACGAACAAUGCAGCAACAAAGGACAGCUCGUCUCUGGGGAAGCGUGCAACUACCACUCUGUACGACACCGGCAUCGCGCCCAGGCCAAACCCCCCGUCCUUCCAGGAGAUGUGGUUCCUGGGAAACACCACGGACGGGAUCGUCUCAGACGACAAAGCCGGCGAGCCGACCCCGUUCUACAUAAGCUUCUUCACCAACACGAGCGGCACCGCGGGGCCCAACAUGCUGACGUCCGAGACCGAUGCGUCGGCGGCGAAGCGAGGGAUAGGCAACGGCAUCGGCUCGGGGUCGGACAGCUCGGACAGCCUGACAGAGUUCCUGCCGCCGCCGCUGCUGAACGCGGACGGCACAGGCGCGCCGGCCCAGCUGCGGCCGUACCCCUUGCAGCAGCCGCUGCGCCUGUUCGACCGCGGCCUGCCGACCGAGCACUACGGCUUCUACACGUACUUCAACAAGACCAUCUACGUGACGUCGGUGGACGGCAACGAGACCGGGUCGGCCGCCUCGGACGCGAACGGCGGCUCGCGCGAGAGCAACGCCAAGUACCUGGCGACGUGGACGCAGACGCGGUUCGUGGUCAAGAUCUGGACGCGCAAGGGGGCCGCCGCGCGCCUGGUGGGCGGGUCGGGCCCCGCGGCCGGCGUCGACUCCACCGCCAUGCCGGGGACGUUCCCCUACCCCGUGACCGUCGGCGAGGACACGCACGGCGGCAGCGUCGAUCUCAAGGCGACGUUCGCGUACGGCGUCGAGCCUGACCAGCACGUCAACACGACCGACGCCACCUUGUUUACCAACGAUGUCGGCUUCGGCGGCGAGGUGGUCAACCCUCGGCUGCCCAACGGCGACCUCAGCUGGGGCGGUGUGGACGGCGGCACCGGGGGCUGUCGGUGUGAGUGGGUGAAUUGGGUGAAGACUUGA